AUGAGCAAGCCUCUGCUCAGGAUCCCUUACACGGACCUCCCCCUGCCUUCAGUAAUUGCACCAGCUUCGGCCUCGACACUCCCUGGAGCUAUUACCGCCCUCCAUCGCUUCUUUGUCGCGCCCUCUCCAAGCCACUUACCUUCAUCCGCUGUUGUUCUCACCGGUGCAGGCCUUUCAGUCGCUUCGGGUUUAGCAGAUUACCGGGGCGCCAAGGGCACUUACAAGGUCAACAAGACAUAUCGGCCUAUCUACUACCCAGAGUUCCUCAAGAGUCACGAAUCUCGCAAACGGUACUGGGCUCGAAGCUUUCUAGGCUGGUCUAAUCUCCAAAAGGCAUCGCCAAACAAAGGUCACUAUGCUAUAAGAGAUCUCGCGAGUCUUGGUCUGAUACGCAGUGUCAUUACUCAGAAUGUUGACUCCUUCCAUCCAAGAGCUCAUCCUGAUCUACCAGCUUUAGAAUUACAUGGAUAUUUAAGAGCUGUUGUCUGCACGACUUGUAAAAACGAGUUCUCCAGAGAUGAAUUCCAGGAGAAAUUGUCCACCCUCAACCCUAAAUGGGCCGAGUUGCUUGAGAAGGCCCUCAAGUCAGGGGCAUUAGACACAGAAGACCCGGUUGAGCGCAGGUUCAAGGGCCUAAAGGUGAACCCCGAUGGCGAUGUGGAUCUGCCAGAUGCCCCCUAUACAACCUUUAGAUACCCCUCUUGUCCCAAAUGCUUAUCCAGCCCUCCAAAGAAUGCUGACGGACGUCAACAUGUUGUCCAGGUUGACACAGAUGGUGCAUGGAAGCUUCCCAGCACCGCGGGAAUUCUGAAGCCUGCGGUAGUAAUGUUCGGAGAAAGCAUUGACAAUCAUGUCAAACACGCUGCUGAGGAAGCCAUUGACAAUGCGGGAAAGCUUCUCGUUGUUGGUACCUCUCUUGCCACUUAUUCGGCUUGGAGGCUUGCCAAGCGGGCUCAGGAUCGGGGCAUGCCCAUCGCCAUUAUCAGCAUGGGCGGAAUCAGAGGCGAGGAUAAGUUCUUCGCGGGUAUGGAUCCCAAGCAAGAGGGUGAGCAGGGAGUGAGAGUUGCACUAUCGACAGACGACCUCCUUCCAGCUCUUCUUUCUGCACUGCGCAACGAUGUUGCGCCAUCAGAAGCACCAGCACGGACUUCACUCCAAGCUUCCUUUGGUAAUCGUGAUAUUUUCAAGGACAUGCUCUCAUGA